UUCCAUUCCCAUUUCCAUCCCACUCCACUCCAACCCAACCCCAGAUAUGGUUUUCCUUUGAUCGUUACCUCUCCCAAUUCCUCCCGUCGCCCUUCCUGUCCCAACUCUUUGCCUCCGCGAGUCCUUCGGGAAUUGCCAAUCCUCCUUGUCCCAAUCUGCCCACGACCCUAUAUGAUAUACCACCCAUCUAGACACCAGUCCUCCCUUUGAGCUGCCACCCUCUCGCAGCCUUCGCAAUGGUCGCAGUAAUCACCCUCCUCCCAUCAUGAUCCCUCCGACCCCCUCCGUCAUAGUUCCACCAGACAGCUCUGCCCAACUCCUCCUGCGCCAGGGCAAACCCUUUGUCGCUUUCCCCAGAUUCAGCAUCUUGGACCUACAGGUGGAGAAGGACCAUGAAGGGAACCCAGUCCCCUUCUCAGAGUGGCUAACAAAGCGUCUUCAACUUGGCCAGCCAUUUGUCAUUGCCGACUUCGACAAACUCGACACCUGGCCCAAGCCCGGCGCGCAGACCGGCGCUGGCGGCUUCGACAUUGAGAGCCUGAUUGAGUUCAGCACCAAGAAGAACAUCCCCAUCCGCAACUGCACCACCGGAAGGGAUCUGUCCUUUACCUUGCGCAAAUUUGCCGAUAGCGCAAGACAGUCCUUUCCCGAGUUUCAGAACCUGUAUGCGCGCGACCUGCAAUGUCCCCCUCAGUGGCUGGACGUGUGUCGCAAACUUCUGCCCCCCGAACUACAAUGGAGUGGUCGCCUCGAUCUGUUUCAAUGGCUCCCUGCUUGUGCCAGGAGCGAGGUCAUGAUGGCCUAUGUCGGGAGUGAGGGUAGCAGCUCCGGCUUUCAUCGUUGCUUUUCAAGCACCGUGGCGCUCAAUCUUUUGGUCGAGACAGAUGAUCGUCCGGUUGUCUGUAUCGGGACAGACUUCGACUCACAGCAGAAGUACAAUGCGUUCAUGACCGCUCACGGUGUUUCGCCGCAUCUCGACUGGCUGAACUUGGGCAUGGCCGACCUGCUCAAGGCCGAUUUCCCCCUGUAUGCAUAUGACCAGAGAAUCGGAGACCUGGUUGUCUUCCCUCCUGCCACUGCUCAUCAAGUCUGGAACCCAUCCACUCUGUCCGCGAAAUUGGUUUGGAACAUUCUACAUCCUCUUUCUCUCGAAGUCGGCUUCCAGCAUGUCCAAGCGCCGUUCAAUCGAUUGUGCCACCCGGAUGUCGCCAGGACGAAUCUGUCUCUUGCCUGUGCCAUGCGAUCCCUCCUCCAGGACGAUCAGCAUCCGUCCGCUGCUCUUCCUCUCCCGCCAGAUCUCCCAUUACUCUCUCGCCUCUUCCGCAAGAUGGCCAACGAUGAAAGCAUCGAAGCCACGACCACUCCAACAAUCAGUCUCAUUCCCGUCCAGCCAGGAACAGUUGCCACUUGCAACUUUUGCAAUACCGCUAUCUGGAACCGUUAUGUGCGGUGCACCCAAUGUGCCGACUUUGACCUGUGUUUGCUUUGCUACCUGAACGGUCGUUCUUGUGAACACACACAGUCCUACGCCUGGGCAGAGCUCUUCCCGGCAGAAGAGUGCACUCAGAUCUUGAAUCGGGCCCGUGAAAUCCUCGGCUUUCAACCCGAGGAGCCACGCUCCGUCGACCUUCGCAAAACCUUGGGAACUGCAGUUAACGACCUCAUGCGUGCCAAAACGUCCACCACAAUGCGACUCUGUCAUCUGUGUCGGAUUGAACACCAGGAAUGGAAAGGACGACGAUGUGACAGGUGCACUGCCUUCUUUUGCUAUCGUGGCCUUUUCCGCCAUUUCGACGCAUACCCCAGUGACGUGCUCCGGCACCAGGGGAUGUGGACAUGCCCCAAGUGUGAGGAGAUCUGCAACUGUCGAUGCUGCCACUUUGCCGCUGCCUACACCAAGAGUGAGAAGCCUGCCACUAAACGAAGGGUCAAGGCCAACGAUCCUCGCGGUAAGGUGAUGGGAUUUGCAGAUAAUGUUUUUGACCAAAAGCGGGGUCGUCGAGAAAGCUCCACGGGAACAACAGCAACACAUGGGCCCUUGGUGGGAGGAAGUUCGCAGAUGGCUGGAAAGAAGAGAGCAGUCUCCUCUUCGGCAGAAGCUGGAACACCGGCUUUAAUCAGAAAGGUUGAAUUGCCCACACCGGAACCAGACUUGUCUGGCACCAGGAGAGUGAUUCUCUCUCGUGAAGGAUCUGAGUAUAUGAUUGACUCGUCGUAUACCAAUCACCCGACAUCCCUCCCUACCAUGUUACCCAGCCUCAAGUCUUUCACGGAGAAUUCGGAGUUUAUGGUCAGCCCAACGGAAGAGAGGCAUUCGAGGGUGAGCAGCUCGCCUGGUCUUGCUUCGAUGGCAUCGACUGCCGUAGGACCGGGUCGUCUGAUGUCCAAAGGUCUGUCUGGCCAAGACAACACUCUCCCACCCAUUCUGGGCCAUACGACAUCCAAUGGAGUGUACGUGCCACAGCAUGUCAGCAAUGGAACGGUUCACAGCCAUAGUCAUGUCCCAAUGCUGUCACCCCCAAAGACCUCAAUGUUGAAUCAUGACGCCAAGAUGCCCACCGCCGAGCUAGAUGCUUCCAUCAUCGAGCUUGAGACACAGCUACAUAAUUUGAAAAAGUAUGAGGAGGAAUUCAUCGCGCUGGACCUUGAAGACAGCCGGAGAACUUUAGCAGCCCAGCUGAUCGAGUUGGAGAUGCAAAUCAAGGCCAAAAAGCGAGAGAAGAGUCUUGUCCUGAUCGAAAGACUGAAGAGAGAGGGUUUUGGUAGCCUGGCCGCAGUGGUUGGGAAAGAGGUUGGAUUAGGUGUCGGUGUGGAAAAACAGGUUGAUUGACUCGAUGUUGUUGAAUUGUGCUUCUUUGCAUCGCUACACGGAGGACGUCUGGCCUAAGAGGUGUACUGUUAACGUGGCUCAGGCAGGCCUGGGCCGACGACGAAGCAUACAAAUGUCUGGUAGGAUUGAUUGAAAAAGCAUCAACGAUAAGGGAGGAAGGUCUAUCUGUAUUGAUGAUUUGCAAAAGGACUGGAGGAACACUAUUUAUUGGACAAUGCUAACAACCCUCACCUUGGCUGAGACGGCAUUGGAACCGGUUUCUUCAGAGAACCAGAAUUCUAUCCCAGGAGCUUCAUGAAAUGAUCUAGCUAGAUUUCUACGACACGAGUAUAAUGUCAUUUGCAC